CUUCUGGUCUUCCAUACAGCUGCUGACCCGCCCCCCGCUGCACAGACUGGAAACAUCUGGAGCAGCUGCUGGUUUCUGAGUUCUGCUCUGAGACCAGCCAUGUUGUCUCUGGCUUCCCGGUCGCUUCGCCUUCGCGUUGCUGGUUGCCGUUCCUUAGCAACGGUCAUUUCCGGCAACAACACGUCCAAGUUGGUGAGGGAGCGGCUGAAGAACGACGUGGAGAAGAUGAGGAACCGGUUCUCUGGGUUCAGACCCGGACUGGUGGUUCUGCAGGUGGGAGACAGAGACGACUCGAACCUCUACAUCAGAACCAAACUGAAAGCUGCAGCCGAGAUCGGAAUCGAAGCCAAACACAUCCGGCUGCCGAGCUCAGCCACUCAGGAAGAGGUUCUGCAGAGCAUCAUGGCGGUCAACCAGAACCCGGCGGUCCACGGCCUGAUCGUCCAGCUGCCUCUAGACUCCGCCCACAAGAUGGACACCGAGCUCAUCACCAACGCCGUUUCCCCCGACAAGGACGUGGACGGGCUGAGCUGCAUCAACGCAGGAAAGUUGUCUCGAGGCGAUCUGAGCGACUGCUUCAUCCCCUGCACCCCCAACGGCUGCAUGGAGCUCAUCCGGCAGACAGGCGUGUCGGUGGCAGGUAAACACGCCGUCGUCAUUGGUCGCAGUAAGAUCGUCGGCGCUCCGAUGCACGACCUGCUGCUGUGGCGUCACGCCACCGUGACCACCUGCCACUCCAGGACCCAAGACCUGCCUGAGCAGGUGGGCCGGGCCGACAUCCUGGUGGUGGGGGCGGGCCGAGCCGAGAUGGUGAGGGGGGAGUGGCUGAAGGUCGGCGCCGUGGUGAUCGACUGCGGGAUCAAUCACCUUCCAGAUGAGAGCAAAGCCAGCGGUAAACGGGUGGUUGGUGACGUUCACUACGCCUCAGCCAAUCAGAGAGCAGGAUUCAUAACACCAGUUCCUGGAGGGGUGGGGCCGAUGACAGUGGCCAUGCUGAUGGAGAACACGGUCCAAAGCGCUCAGCGGUUCCUCCUCAGGUCUCCGUCGCUCAGGUGAAAAUCCGACAGGGGAUCUUUUGUGGCUCUAGUGUCCUUUAUAUGACAGUAGGCUGACAGGAAGGAGGGAAGACAUGCAGCAAAUAUCGUUGGGUCCGGGAAUCGAACCCGCGACGGCCGCGUCGAGGACUCAAGGCCUCCAGACAUGGGUGGCUCCAUCACCUACGCCACCACGGCACGCCCCAGAUUUCAGCUUUUGUUCUUUUUUACUUUUUAAACUUUCAUCAGCUUAGUUUUAUAAUUUGGUUUAUUUAUCUUAAGAUAUUAAGAUAAAAGUAAAUUGUUCUUCUCUACAGUUGCCACGUGCUUUUUAAGAUGCACCUAAAUACGUUUUCUUAAUGAAAUCAAAUACAGUUAAAAGCACAGAUUGUUUAAUAAUCAGACAGAAAAUGAUCAGAAAGAGAAAAUGGAAGAUAACAGUCGUUAUUAUUAAUGUGUUAUAUGAACUAAAUUUCUCCUGUAAUUCAGUUUCACUGUUUGAACCAGAUAUGAUUAUAGAUUCAUUUCAAAAACAAAAACCUUUUAUAAUCCAAAGCAGAGCAUUGAUGUGAUUUCAUCACCAGACGUUCGUUCAUCUGAAAUGAUUUAGUUUCUGUUUGUUUGAGGUUAUGAUUCGUUCAUAAACUCAUAAAAUCUGAUCAUUUCUUCUUCUUUGUUUCGGUUUACAGACAGAAUUAAAGCGAGCUGAGGAAUGAUUGAUGACUGUCACUAAUCAAUCAGGCUCAUUGAUCGGUGACUGUCACUGAUCAAUCAGGCUGAUUGAUCGGUGACAGUCACUAAUCAAUCAGGCUGAUUGAUCGGUGACUGUCACUAAUCAAUCAGGCUGAUUGAUCGGUGACUGUCACUAAUCAAUCAGGCUGAUUGAUCGGUGACUGUCACUAAUCAAUCAGGCUGAUUGAUCGGAGACUGUGAC